AUGAAUGCCAGACAAAAUACGGUAACGCAAACGCCUGGAGAUACUGCACUAAAGUCUUCGACAUGCUCACGGUAGCAGCGUUGAUAGAUGAACAGAUCCUCUGCGUGCAUGGAGGCCUUUCUCCAGACAUCAAAACACUGGACCAGAUCCGAACCAUCGAGCGGAACCAAGAGAUUCCCCACAAAGGGGCUUUCUGUGACCUUGUCUGGUCCGACCCAGAGGAUGUGGACACCUGGGCUAUUAGUCCUCGAGGAGCUGGGUGGCUUUUUGGUGCUAAAGUCACCAAUGAGUUUGUCCACAUCAACAACUUAAAACUGAUCUGCCGAGCCCACCAGCUGGUCCAUGAAGGGUAUAAAUUUAUGUUCGA